AUGAAAGAAAUUCUAGAAUUUGAACAUGCUGAAAAAAGUUUAUACUACAGAUUCCGAAAUAUUCUGGCUCCAAAUCUUCAUUUCACCAAUUUCGAUGUGGAAACUAAAUUAAAGAUUGCAAAAAAGUUUAAUUUGAUUUUGAAUGCCGACUUCAUACAAGAACUGAAUAAAUCGUGGGAUUUGAUUUUCGAUGCGGUUGGUUGCGUUGAGGAGUUUUCCUGGAAGUCUCUCACCGAUUCGGAGAAUAGAAAACGAACUUCAUCUGAGGAUUUCGCUAAUGGAAAUUCGAAAAAAAUUAAAUAUAAUUUCCCAGAAAUGGAAGAUUAUCAAGCACCGAACACUUCAACAGAUGCUUCAUUUUAUCAAAACCUACAGAAAAUCAUAUCAAAUACAAUAGAGACUGCUAAUAGAGCAUUAAUAGAAGAAUUAAAGUCUCAAAAAACCGAAAUCGUUGUUUCUUCGAAACCACCAACUUCAAACGGACUAAAACACUAUUUGGACGGUCUCAGAGGUUUGGUAAAUCACAUCGAAUCUUCUGAGCUCACAGACAUUACGAAAAGAAUAGAUUCUCUUGAAAAAAGCCUCGAUGACACAGAGAAACCCCUUCCGAUUUCUCAUAUUCGUGCAAUGCUUGAUUUCGGGUUAAAAACUAUUGGUGGGUAA